AUGUACGCAAUACUAACAGAAGAUGUACUCAAGGAGAAGAAAGAGGUGGCUGUAGCAGGAGAGAUACUCCUGGAAGACGAUGACAUUUUUAUGAAGGGCGCAGAUGGCUACAGAGCCCUCCUGUGUUUUGACGAUGAAAAUGAGUCGCAGAGACACGAUAUAUCAGAGUAUGAGGGCGAAACAGCGCUGGUGUACGGAACAGUGGAGCCAGCAGGGAUUAAAGUGGUGGGGCACAGCGCCUUUAAGAAGCCCCUGGACAUGGACCUCUUCAAAAGCGCCAUAAAAGAGAUAAACAGCCACCCUGAUCUAUUUUGCAGAGAUAUCAAUGCAAAAGAGGAAAUAUAA